AUGACACUCCCCAGGCCCCCGCCGCCGGCGCGCGCCGCGUCGGACGAGGCCUGGCUCGACGCGGCGGACGACAUCCGGCGGCGCCGCGACCUGCUCGUCGCCGGCCUGCGGUCGGGCGACGUCCGGAGCGCGAGCCAGGCGGCGCUCGCGACGUGCGCGCUGCUGGAGCGCGUCGCGGCCGCGGACGACUGGCGCACCGCCGCCGUUCUGCUGCGGCGGCUGCGGCGCGUCGGCGGCGGCGUCGUGCGGGCGGCGCCGGGCGCGCUGAGCGUCGGCAACGUGCUGCGGCGCGCGCUGCUCGUCGUGCGCGAGGAGUACGCGCGCAACCUGCGCGAGAGCACGUCCAUCAAAGACGACGCGGGCCUCCAGCGGAGCCUGGGCGACGUCCUCGCGGCGCGGAGCGCGCCGGACGCGCUCGCGGACCGCGACGACCGGCGCGACGUCGAGCUCGAGGCGCUGAGGGACGACGUCCUCGACCAGCUGCGCGACCUCGCCGACGAGAUCGCGAACGCGCGCGAGGCGGUCGCGGCGCGCGCGCCCGGGCUCGUCGCGCCCGGCGCCGUCGUGCUCACGGCCGGGCGGUCGCGGUCCGUCGCGGCCUUCCUCCGGCGCGCCGCGCCGGCGGAGGUCGUGGUCGUCGACGAGGACGGCCGCGCCGCGGCGGCGCUGGCCCGGGCGCUGCCCGCGGCGGCCGUCACGCGCGUCACGGCGGCCGCGGCGGCGGCCGUCGCCGGCCGCUGCCGCUGCGCCGUUUUGGGCUGCUCCGCGGCGCUCGCCGACGGCGGCAUAAUCGCGCAGCCCGGCGCGCGCCUCGUGGCGGAGGCCUGCGCCGCGCGCCGCAAGCCCGUGCUCGCGCUCUGCGCCCUCUACAAGCUCGCGCCCCUGCACCACCCCGGCGCCGCCGCCGCGCGCGCGGCCGUCGCCGCGGACAUGAGCCUGGGGGCCGCGCUGCCCUUCGGCGCGCUGCCCUGCGACGCCGGCGCCGACCCGCUCGCGGCGCCGGCGCCGGCCGUGCGGCACCCCCGCGCCGACGCCGUGCCGCCGGACCUCGUCGACCUGCUCGUGACGAACGCGGGCGUGCACGCGCCGUCGUACGCGCCGCGCCUGCUCGCGGAGAUGUACGCGCCCGAGGACCACGACCUGCUCCGCGCCGAGCUCUAA